AUGCACCUGCCGGGCUGCGCGCCUGCCACGGCCGAAGGGAGCUUCUCGCUCCCUGGCCACUUGCUCCGCAGCCCAACUGGGAGCACCUCGAGGCUGCACAGCAUCGAGGCCAUCCUGGGGUUUACGAAGGACGACGGGAUCUUGGGCACAUUCCCGGCGGCGGAGAGGGGCUCCAAGGCAAAGGAGCGAGAGAGAAAGCUGAGCGCGCAGCCUGCCUGUCCCAAGGCCUCCGGGGGAGGCGAGGAGCCCUCGCCCCCGCCAGCCCCAGCGCCCGUCCCGGAGUACGAAGCCUCUCGCCCCUAUUGCCCCAAGGAGCCCGGAGAGGCACAUCCGAGCUCAGGGAUCCCCGGGCCAGCUGCGGGAGACGCUAAGCCAUCGGAGGAUCAGCAGCCUAAGAAGAAGCACCGGAGAAACCGCACGACUUUCACCACGUACCAGCUGCACGAGUUGGAGCGCGCCUUUGAGAAGUCCCACUACCCCGACGUGUACAGCCGAGAGGAGCUGGCCGGCAAAGUCAACCUACCCGAGGUCCGGGUGCAGGUGUGGUUCCAAAACCGACGGGCCAAGUGGCGGCGCCAGGAGAAGCUGGAGGUGUCGUCCCUGAAGCUGCAGGACUCGCCCCUCCUCUCCUUCAGCCGCUCCCCACCCUCCUCCAUCCUGGGGACACUUUGCCACAGCGGAGCAGCGAAGGAGAGUCCAGGACUCCUGCCUGGACGGCCAGCCCCUGUAUCUCACCGUGUCAACAACGGACCCUGGACGCCCGGAGCUUGGGCCCAGAAGGUUGCGGCCAAAGCCUUAAUGCAGAAUGCUGCCUGUUAG